AGCGGCGCUCGGCGCUCAGGGUUCAGGUGGUCAAGAAGAAGAAGACAACAAGGUCCUUGUAGCCGCUAAUACCCCGUUAUACGUUAUCCACGGGGAAGAUUGUUCAAAGUGAAAACCUGCAGAUAGACGAGUUGUUGGUACCGUUCGGAUUGGGAUACCAAUCUGUAUUUUGUGAAAAGGACACGUAUUGCGCCGCAUCGUAUUUGAAUUUAAGAAUAACGAGGAUUUGUCUGUUACUUCCGUGUUCUUGAAGACUGACUGUUAAAGACAGAAUUCCGUAAACCUGAUUGGCUGUCAAAGCUGUUGGGAAAGCUGUUCUUAAAUGUGAUUGGACGUCUGACAAAAAGUGCUUUGAGUGACAUGUACCCCACAAACGGUUGACUACGCAACGAGGUCAUAUGAGAUUCAUGAAUACCUCCUGGUAGGAGACAUGUUAUGAAGGAGAAGAAGGCCUAAGCUGUACUGAAACAAUUUGGGAAACACCAUUUGGACCUUUCAUGUUGACCCUUUUCUUCCCCAAACCGUGUAGAGCUGUGGUGCGUGUGAGGAAACUGGCGGCGCAACUCUCCAAAGCAACCAUGUUCACAACUACCCAGGGCUCUAGUCCGUCCGCCGCAGCCAACGGGGAUGCCUCCACUGCCGCCAUUCUCAUCAUCGGAGACGAGAUACUCAAGGGACACACGUUGGACACAAACAGCGGCUUUCUGUUGCGAGCACUGAGGAAGCUCGGAGUGUCCGUGCAGCGCAUAACGGUCUUGCCCGAUGUGCAGGAGGUCAUUGCCAAAGAGGUGGCCCUCCUCUCCCCACAGUACACGCAUCUCAUCACCUCGGGGGGCAUAGGCCCCACCCACGACGACGUCACCCUAGAGAGUGUUGCCAUGGCAUUCCAAGAAGAUUUAUACCACCAUCCUGAGCUCGGCCGCGUGGUCGAGGAAUUGUUUGGGGUGACGGAUAAAAACAGUGCGGCUAUGAAGCUGGCCAUGGUGCCUCGCUCAUCGAAGCUCAACUACGGAACGGACCCUCAGACCGGACAGCUGCUCAGCUACCCGCUGGUCAGUGUGCGUAACGUCUACAUCUUUCCUGGGGUCCCGUUGCUGAUGGAGAGGGCCUUCAACGGGCUGCGGCACCUCUUUGCCGCUUCGGGGACCACGUUUCACACCCGUGAGGUGUUCGUGGAUGCGGACGAGACCGACAUCGCCCCCGUGCUGACAAAGCUGCAGGCCGAUUGGGGCCGAAAGGUGGCCCUCGGCUCCUACCCCGACUGGUUGAGCAACUAUCACAGAGUGAGGCUGGUCCUGGACUCGGAGAGCCAGGAGGAGGUGGACAAAACCCGGGCGCAGCUGCUGGACGAGCUGCCCAAGGGUAGCGUGGUGCCCUUGGUGACGGACCCGGUGACCAUCGCCUCGGCGGAGGUGUACGCACUGGCCAACAGCGGCACACCGCUGGGUGAGAAGGUCAUGUCCGCGCUGAAGACCAUAGAGGCGGCGCUGGACCAGUAUUCGACAGAGCAGGUCUGCAUCGGCUUCAACGGAGGCAAGGACUGCACAGCGCUGCUGCAUCUCUACUACGCAGCGCUGAAACGGCGACAUCCAGAUGCUAAAGACAAAGUGAAAGCCUUGUACAUCCGUAUUAUCGCUCCGUUCCCAGAAAUGGAGAGAUUCCUUCAGGACACGAUUAAAAGAUAUGACUUGGAGAUCUUCUCUGUGGAGGGCAGUAUACGGCAAGCGCUGAGCGAGGUACAGGAGAGGAGGCCGGAGCUGAAAGCGGUCCUCAUGGGAACCAGGAGGAGCGACCCGUACUCGCGCACCCUCACGGCCAUGUGUCCCACUGACUCCGGCUGGCCAGACUACAUGAGGGUCAACCCAUUGCUGGACUGGACGUAUCACGACAUCUGGUCCUUCCUGAGGACGUUGUACGUUCCCUACUGCAUCCUCUACGACAAAGGGUACACUUCCCUCGGCAGUAUGGACAACACCUGCCGCAACGCGUCCCUCCAGGUGGUGGACGGGAGGGGGGUGACGCGGUACAAGGCGGCCUACCUGCUGGAGAAUGAGGAAGAGGAGCGAAACUCCCGCGCCUGAUGGAGGAUCACUUCUCUCGGCGUGUGUGUCUUUCGACCACCCCCCCUCCCCCCCGCACAUGUGAAAGCACACGGACGUUGUUAUUAAGUCGUCCUGUGAACAUCAGCCGGACGUCUACAGAAUGGGAUUGUGAAUAAAGUCUGUCCGUGUGCGUUUGUUUCAGCAACGUGAAGCCGCGGCGUCUCCAUCCAUCGUCAUGUUACUAUUCGUCCCGCAUGCAGGCGGCAGGCGGGGCUUUGAAUAUUGCUCUUGAUUCAUCUUAUUCAUGAAUCUAUUUGUCUAGUUUCUGAAUCCAAUAAAAAAACAAGAUGACCUAUCAAAA